CCCUGAUGCACAGAGCCCCCCCUCCCGGCUAGAUGCCCCGCCCCCCGACCGACCGUCCGCCGGAUGCAGUCACCGCCAGUGCCGCUGUAGCCUCUGCUGCCGCCCCCGCUGCCCCAUCUACCGCCUCUUCUCCCGCCACUCCCCCCUCUGAAGCGCCUCUCGAGCGCCCCAUGACUCUCGAGGAGCCGGUCACCCUGCUCCGGCACCGGGGUGCUCCUACGCCCCCCUCUUCCACACUGUCGUCGUCGUCGUCGCGAUCAGCGCCACCGCCGCCGUCCUCGCACUUGCCACCGCCACUGGUCGUCGACCUGCGUGCCCAGCACCAGGCCGAGCUCGCCAGCUUGAGUCUCCUCCGGCGGCCACUCUUCACCCUGGGUCUUGCCGGGAGGCUGGUGGCUAUCCGAUGCCGGAAGCUCAGCACCUCGGCCAGCCGCCGCCGGCGCACCGUGCUGGCCCUCCUGGUCGCCGGUCUGGCGGUCCUCUGCACUCCUCUCAUUGAGGGCUCUCAUCAGCAUGCCAUCUCGCUGCUCCGUCACCUUCUUGUCUGGUAUGGCGGAUGGAUCGUCCUCGGCUUCAUGUCUUCUGCUGGCAUGGGAUUUGGAGCCCACACCUUCCUCCUUUACCUUGGGCCCUACAUCGUGAGCACCAUUCUGGAAGUCGAGUCGGCCGAGUGCGCCGGGGCCACUGUCAUCAUCAAGAAAAAUGCCCUCCUACGCGAAUGGAGCUACUCGUGCGAUCCGACCCUCCCCCGGUCGGUGGACGUUCCCUCGCUCCUGAGCAUCUUCCAGUUCUUCCUGCCGGAGGCCAUCUUCUGGGGCAUUGGCACGGCGAUCGGCGAGUUGCUGCCGUACUUCUUUGCACGCGCCGCGGCCCGGUCCGGCCAGGAACUCGAUCUGACCGAGUUCGGAGUCUCGCUCGAUGCGGCCACCGGCAAGCUGACCAACGCGCCCCGGUCGCCGGCUGCCACCGACUCGAAUGAAGGCAGCCCCCGCUUGCGGCCAGAGGCUUCGCCGGCCGCCGCCGGCCACCCUGUGACCGGCACCAGCACCCUGACCACGGACCCUGUGGCACCGGCUCCUCCCGCACCCCUGAGCAGUCGGUUGACUAUCCUUGUGGCACAAAUGAUGAAGCGCUGGGGCUUCUUCGGCAUCAUGCUCAUGGCGUCCAUCCCCAACCCGCUCUUCGACCUGGCCGGGCUGCUGUCGGGCUACCUGGAAAUGCCCUUUUGGGAGUUCUUCGGCGCCACACUCAUCGGCAAGGCCGGUGUUAAGGUCCUCAUCCAGUGUUCUUUCACCGCCCUGGCCAUCUCCCGCCAGGGCUACCUCCUGGCUGUGCUCCAGUGGCUGGAGCGCCGGCUGCCCUUCCUGCACGAGGGCUCUCUCACCCAGUGGGAGAAGAAAUUCCGCUCGGCGGCGCACUUCCGCAGCUCGGCCAGCCUUGGGCGCAAGUCCUGGAUCGCCCGAUCGGUGGACAUCUUGGUCUUCGGGUUUUUGCUGAUGUUCGCCGCGUCGGCCAUCGUCAACAUGGCCGCGGUGCAGCUCCGCAGCGAGCAUGCCGAGCAGCAGCGUCAGGCCGGCCUGGCGUCUCCCCCGGCCGUCCGUGCCACCAAGGCCCGGUGAGCGCGCCAUCUCCACGCUCCCCCGGCUUCUCGCAACAUUCCUUGAUAUAGAUAUGUACAUGCACCCGUGCACCUGUCCCCCUGCAGAUGCAUCGACCACUGCGAACAUGGAAACGCGUGUGCACA